AUAAUUUACCUAAAUAUAAUGCUACGGCUAUGCCUCCUCAGCCUCAGCCAGAGCCUCAACCUCAACCUCAACCUCAACCUCAAUCUUCUACUGAAAUAGAUACAAGAACUAUUCUUAAUUCCAAUGUGUUAGAUAAUAAUGAAGAGAUUCCUCCAAUACCGACUUUAAUGGCAGAUACUCAAAUAAUUCCUAAAUUAAUUAAAAGACAAAAUACUGAUAUACCAAUAAGAUCUCAUACAUUCCAUGGUUCUGAUCUUCCUGAUACUCAAAUCAUAGACCGAUCCAAAAGUAUGAAAGAGCCAAUAAUAUUUUCAUCUGAUGAAACGCAAUUGCAAUUACCUAAAGACAUUAACAAAGACAUUAAGGAACUCAACUCGGAGACUCAAGUAGAAAUAGACACCACUACUCAAAAUGAAUCGACUAUUCUUGACGAUAAUAAUACUAAUAAUAUUAGUAAUAUCAAUAAUAUCAAUAAUACUACAGAAAUAACAACAAAACUCAUACAGGUCCCUUCAACAAUCGAGAGGAAUAUGUCCCAUAGACAAGUCCUCAAUACUCAGGAAUCAUCUGGUAUCUAUUUACAUGAUACUGAUGCUAGUAUAGAUGAAGAAGAAGUUAUAGAUAUAGAAGUACAUUCUGAUAUAGAUAAAGAAGAAGGAGAACUGAUUAAUUUCUUAGAUAAUCCCUAUGAGGAUAGUUUAUUCACCAAUAAACUUAAACGAAGAAAGUUAAUUAAAAGCUCAUCUGAUACAUCUACUGGAACUUCAAUACCACGAGUAUCUUUAGCAGCAUUAACAUCGAAAUCAGUAUCAUCUGAUUCAGGAAAUAUUAUAUCAUCUCCACUAAUAAAUCGUAUUACUGGAUCAACUAAAAAAACUAAUGAUGUGACUGAUCAACCUACGCGAAUAACCGAUCUGUUUGAAUAUCUUAGUUCAGAAAUUGAAGACAUUGACAUUGAAGAUCCUCAAUUAAAUGGAUCUACUAAUGAACCUAUCCAAUCACAUAGUGUAACCACUAAACGUAGAAAGAAUUUUGUGGUGAAUACUCAAUCACAAACUAAUGCAACUAUAGAAUUAGAUGAACAACCAAAUGAAAUCUUAAGAAUUGAAAAACUGGUAAUAUUAAGUGAUAAAGAUUUUAAAGUUAAAACUUCAUUAUGGGCAUUAUAUAAUCUUAAAAUGUAUCCUGGUUCAUUAAUUAAAACUGGCAAUGAAGUUCUGCAAAUUGAAUUUUAUGAAGGAAUUUAUGACAUUAAAAAUUCAGAUUUAUUCUUAUUAGAUAUUCGAAUUGGUGAUACUAUAAGAAUUAAUACAUCAAGAAAUCAAUUUAAAGUUACUGGUUUAACUUAUGAUGAAUCAAUUAAAAGCAUUAGUUGUAUACGAGGAUAUAAUGUAGUAUAUGUUCAAAAAGUUACUAGAAAUCCUGAUCCUGGACCAGAAAUAUCUAUAAGUAUUUCUGAAUGUUAUAUGGAAGUAUCUGAUUGGAUGUAUCAUCAACAAAAUUUUAGUUUAAUUCUUGAACAGAAAAAUGUAUUAAAAGAUCCUAUAGAUAAAUCAAUAAUUACAAAGAGUUUUGAAGAUUUUAGAACUAAAUCAUCUCCAAUUGCAAUUUCAUCUACAAGAUCUUCACCUAAGAAAAAUUCAAUAUUAUUUGAAUCAGAUAAAUUAUUCUCUCGUAUGUUAUUUUGUUUAACAAAUAUUGAAGGUGAAAGAAAGGAUGAACUUUAUCGAUUAAUUGAAAAUAAUGGAGGUACUAUACUAAAUGAUGGAUUUAAUGAAUUUAUUAGUUAUAGUGAAAAUAAUAAUAUUAAUAAUAAUGGUAAUGAUUUACAAUUAAUUUCUAAUGGAUUACAGAAAUAUUCAUUUGCUGCUAUGAUUUCUAAUGGAUUUUGUCGUAGUGCUAAAUAUUUACAAACUUUAGCAUUAGGUUGGCCUAUAAUAUCUGAAACUUAUAUUCUUGAUUGUAUUAAUGAUAAAUCUAAAGUAAUUCAAUGGCCAGUAUAUUUAUUACCUGCUGGUCAAUCAAGUUAUAUGAAUUCUAUCAAGAGUUUAGAUAUUUUUAAUUUUAGAGUUAAUUGGGAACGAGACUUAUUGCUUAACGAACAAUUAAGAAAUAAUUGUCAUUUAUUUCAAGAUGCAAAUAUAAUUGUAUUUAAUAAAAAGGCUCAUGAAACAUUAGAUUUAUCGAAAUUUAUCUUCUAUUCAUUUGGAGCUUCUUCAUUACAUUAUUGUGACAGGCAGGUCGAUGUCAUGAAUAAUAUUCGAGAAUUAUCUUAUAAAGAUAAGGCAAAUAUAUAUGUUUAUGAUGAUUCAUCAUUAAUUCAAACUAAGUUAGCCGGACUACAAAAGACGACUAAUAGUGGUAAUGGUGGUUCAAAGAGAGAUGGACCAAAGAGGAAAUUAAGUCAACGAUUAAGAAAUUCCCAAUUAGGAAGAAUUGAUGUAAAAGUUAUUAAUUGGGAAUGGCUUGUACAAUGUGUUAUAAGUAGUUAUAUAUGGGAUACAACUACAUUUAUAAUUAGUAUAUAAUAUAUAACA